AUGCUCCGUAGCUGGAACUCGCUCCUUGUUGUCUGCCUCGCCGCCGUUGGCGCUCUCGCCGUCGAACCCGCUGAAAAGCGUGAGGAAGACUCGGCUCUCGUCGCUCGUGCAGGUACUCCCAGCGGUACUGGUACCCACAACGGGUUUUACUACUCGUUCUGGACCGACGGUGCUGGAAACGUCAACUACUCCAACGGCGCCGGUGGAUCUUAUAGCGUGACCUGGUCCGGAAACGGUAACUGGGUUGGCGGAAAGGGAUGGAACCCCGGUUCGGCUCGUGUCGUUUCAUACACUGCAGACUAUCGUCCCAACGGUAACAGCUACCUCGCUGUCUACGGCUGGACGACGAACCCGCUCAUCGAGUACUAUGUCGUCGAAAGCUAUGGUACAUACAAUCCAGCGAGCGCCGCCUCGAAGAAGGGCACGAUCAGCUCUGAUGGUGGAACAUACGACAUUCUUUCCACCCAGCGUGUCAACCAACCUUCGAUCGAAGGCACAAAGACGUUCACCCAGUUCUGGUCCGUCCGUCAAUCUCACCGAACCAGCGGAUCCGUCACCAUGCGCAACCACUUCAACGCCUGGAGCGGCUAUGGCAUGACUCUUGGUACGCACAACUACCAGAUCAUGGCCACCGAAGGCUACUUCAGCAGUGGUAGCGCUACUGUUACCGUCAGCGAGGGUUCGAGCCAACAGACCUCUCAGCAGCAGACAUCCCAACAGCAAACUUCUCAGCAGCAAACAAGCAGCCAGAACAAUGGCGGUGGAAACUGCGCUGCCAAGUGGGGACAAUGCGGCGGUCAGGGAUACAGCGGACCUACUUGCUGCCAGAGUGGUUCGACUUGCAAGUACUCGAACGCCUGGUACUCUCAGUGCCUCUAG